AUGUUUCCUCAAAAUAAUCAAUAUAUCACUCAUCAACCCUUACUCAAUCAAAACGCUCAACUAAAUCAAAAUGCUCAACUAAAUCAACUAACCUCAACUUAUUCACAAGCUUAUCAUGCAUCAACUCUACAAUAUAAUAAUAAUAAUAAUAAUAAUAAUAAUAAUAAUAAUAAUAAUAAUAAUAGGGAUAUUUUACCGCGACUAAAUGAUGGUCCAAUAAAAUCCCAAUUUCCAAAUCAAGAUAUAUUACAUUUAGCAAAUGAACAUUCACAAGUUAAUUCUAGUCAACUUAAUCAAUUGCAUUCUAAUCAAUUAAGUGCCAGCCAAUUUCAUCCUAAUCAAUUACACAUUAAUCAACCUAAUUUUAUACAAACCCCAGAAAACUCUCUUCCUCAAUCUCAAUCACUUCCUCAGCCUAAAUUACAAUUACAAUCACAACAACAGACUAAGCAACAACUACAAUAUCUUGAUCCUGUAUCACAUUCAAUAAGUGAAACUUGGCUGGCAAUAGGUACAUUAGCAGAGACUAUUGGAGAUGCAGAUAGGGCUGCUAUGGCUUAUGAUACAACUCUAAAUUAUAAUGAAUAUUCAACAAAGGCUUUAACAAGUCUAGCUAGCCUUUAUAGAGCAAGAGAUAUGUUCCAUAAAGCCUCACAAUUAUAUGAACGUGCGUUGGCUAUUGAUCCUUCGUUAUCUGAUAUCUGGGCUACUUUAGGCCAUUGCUAUUUGAUGUUAGAUGAUUUACAAAAAGCUUAUAAUGCAUAUCAGCAAGCAUUAAAUAAUUUAAGUGAUCCAAACGUUCCUAAAUUAUGGCAUGGUAUUGGCAUUCUAUAUGACAGAUAUGGAUCUCUGGAUUUUGCAGAAGAGGCAUUCAAAAAAGUUUUAGAUCUUGAUCCAAAUUUUGAAAAAGCUAACGAAAUAUAUUUUAGGUUAGGAAUUAUUUAUAAACAUAAAGGUAGAUGGAAUGAAGCAAUUGAAAGUUUAAAUUGCAUAUUAAAGCGUCCUCCACCACCAUUAACUGAAUCUGAUAUUUGGUUUCAAAUAGGUAAUAUAUUAGAAAAUAAAUUUGAUUGGAAUGGUGCAAAGGAUGCAUAUGAACAUGUCUCAAAGAAUAAUAAUAGUAAUCCCAAACUGUUAAAACAAUUAGGCUGUUUAUAUAGCAUGGAGAAUGUAGAAUUUUACAAUUUAGAUAUCGCUAUGGGUCAUUUAGUUAAAUCGUUGGAACUCGACCCAACUGAUUCUACAACAUGGUACUACUUAGGUAGGAUACAUAUGGCUAAAAAAGAUUUCACAGCAGCUUACGAAUCUCUUCAGCAAGCUGUUAAUCGUGAUUCGAGAAACCCAAUAUUUUGGUGCUCUAUUGGUGUCUUAUAUUAUCAGAUAGGUCAAAAUCAUGAUGCUCUUGAUGCGUAUACAAGAGCUAUUAGAUUAAAUCCUUACAUUAGCGAAGUUUGGUACAAUUUAGGAACAUUAUAUGAAACUUGUAAUGAUCAAAUUACAGACGCUCUGGAUUCUUAUGAAAGAGCACUAAGCUUAGAUCCAGAAAAUCCAGUAAUUCAAGGGCGGUUAAAUGCGUUGAAAAUUCAAGAUAAAAAAUCUGAAUAUGAUCCUAAUAAUGUUGUACCUAGUAAAAAUUUGCAUCCUUCAUCUUUAUCCAACUUAAAUAACCCUCAACCAAUAGUAGAUAUAUCAACGAUGGCAAGACCGGUUUUGCAAGUAAACACCCAAGGUACAGUAGAUAAUACAAUUAUGAAAAGGGAAUCGGAAAAAGACUUUUUCCAUUCUAGUGAUCCAAAUAUGAGUUCUUCUAAUACACCUUUAAAUAAUAUCAGUCAAUCAGGUAUGCCAAAUACAAAGUUAGAAGCAGCUGACAUUACAAAAGAUAAGCCUUCUAAUUCUUUACUUCCAAAGAAAAGAUCAUUUGCUGAUUCAACAACUACAUUGGUUGAUUCUUCAUUCAGUUCAGCUGAAAUAAUGCCUCUGAAAAGUAUUGUUGCAAAAAUAGCAUUUAAAACCUCACAUUUUAAUAUUGGUAAUAUUCUUAACAAGAUAAUUUCCUGCAAAUCAUAG